AUGACAGCUCCAAUAUAUCAUCCCGACGACUGCCUGACGUCUCUCCGGUCCGGGAAUCGCUGCCGCGUGUGCUGCACCACCAUCACCAGUCACGCGCUCCGCGUUGGAGGCUACUGUGGUGGCAUCAGCUGCACCAACUACGCCGGGGCCGAUGAAGACUUUCGGCAGUUCCUGGUCUGGUGCUGCUUGCUGCAGGACUUCUUCAAGUGGUGGUGCAAGCAGAGGGUGCCGACUCGGUCCUGGCAGCCGCAGAACGACCUGUCAGCCCACAAUGCCUGGUGGUGGGAGAUGAUAAACGUCUUCCACAAGCAAUGCGAGUGGAGCCUGGCGCGACUUGCUCCUCAUUUGCAGACUUUCUUGGCCGGCGGAAAUCGCGGCAUCACACGGAUCCGCGAGAUCAAGUUUGAUUCGGGGCCCUACUACAGGUACAGGCACUGCGCCUUCGAGAUCCACUUCGCCAGCCACGGCUGCUGGAUCUAUGAUCCGACUGGAGUUCAGUUUGGCCCGGAUUGGCCUCUACUCUCUCCCCGUCACAUCUACUUCGCCUGCAGACCUGAGAGACGGCUUUUGUCUUCCGAACCCCUCGGAAACAACCGCCAGCUUCUCAUGUCGACUUGA